GCCGGAAGUCGCGCACUUGUAUGCAGAUGGGCUGUGAGAUUGCUGGCAGCGUGACGAUCGACGAGCAGCCGCGUCGCCCAGACACCACUGGGCGCCGUCGCCGACGCAAGAAGAAGCGCAACCCGCCGACCGAGCAGCCAAGAAGCAGCGACACGGUGGCGGACACCUCCGAGCGCCCGCCCGCGGGCAAGCAGUGCACGCCCAAAGGCCCGCACCGUUCGUCACGCCCGCCCAAGGCGAAAGGACUCGACGCGAAAGAACCGCUUCUAUUCAUCGAUCAAGUCCGCGAACUUAAAGCCCGAGAGCCCAAAAUCAAGCAUCGUGACGUGCCGACGGACCCUGCGCUGCUCGAGAUGCACCAGUACUGCAAGGUGCCCGUGCCUGCGCGCCUUGACAACUGGCGGCGCGCGACGCCGUAUGAAGCCAAGAUCCUCUCGUGUGUGCUCGACGGCUCGCUGCCCCUCGACUGCCCGCCAGAGUUUCUGUACCAAAUCCUACAGCCCACGGCGCUCGCCCGCUUUUGGAAGCACAUGCGCUACAACUACGGACACGUGCAGUUUGACGUGCCACAGGGCGCGAACCUGCAGCUAUCGAUGGGCACCGCGACGCUCUGCCGGCUCAUUCGGCCAAAGCGCGCCAAAGAUGCGGCCGCCGCGGACUUGUGUCGGGCGCUCCGAGACGAUGUCCACACGGCGUGGGUCUCGGACGACGCUCGCCAUGUCGUCUUGUCGUUCAACUCGAAGGCCAAGGCGAACCGAUGGCGCGGCCAGACAGCACCGUUUCAAGGCGACUUGGUCACUUUGAUGCACCACCGGCGCCCGCACGAGCCCGAGCACGAGUCCGAGGAGGUCAAGGUCGAGGUCAAGGUCGACACUGCGUCACCGUCGCCAAACGCGCCAACUGUCGUCGUGUCGACAAGAAGUGUUUCAACCCGAACGGACUGACAGCGUUGGGUAGAAGCGAGCUGUCGACCUCUAUCGAGCACCAAGUAAUCUGUGCUCGAAGAGCCCAUGACCCCGCACGACGUACGCUGCCAUGGCACCCGUCUGACAUCGCGUUGUGUAAGCACUGCAUCGAAUGAGAAUGUGGUCGUGUCUUUGUGUACA